AUACGUCACUCAACUUCCGGUCCCAUUUGUGACCGCUUCCGUGUUGACCCACGUUUUCAGGAUUUUCAUGAGGGAUUGAACAUUGUGGUUAGAUUUACAAUAUUUUUCUAAAUAUUCAAGAUGCGCCCGCUGACAGACGAGGAGACGAAAACGAUGUUUGAGAAGCUGUCUAAAUACAUUGGUGAAAACAUCAAACUUUUAGUGGAUCGACCUGAUGGUACUUACUGUUUCAGGCUCCAUAAUGACCGUGUGUACUACAUGAGUGAAAAAAUUCUGAAGUUGGCCACAAAUAUUUCUCGGGACAAGCUUGUGUCGGUGGGAACCUGUUUUGGAAAGUUCACAAAGACCCAGAAGUUUCGCCUUCACAUUACAGCUCUAGAUUUCCUGGCACCCUAUGCAAAGUUUAAAGUGUGGGUGAAACCUGGAGCAGAGCAGUCUUUCCUCUACGGAAACCAUGUGCUUAAAUCUGGACUUGGGAGAAUCACAGAGAACACCAACCAGUACCAGGGUGUUGUGGUCUACUCCAUGGCUGAUGUUCCCCUUGGAUUUGGAGUAGCAGCAAAGUCAACCCAGGAGUGUCGGCGAGUGGACCCUAUGGCUAUCGUUGUGUUCCACCAAGCAGAUGUGGGAGAGUUUAUUAGGAGUGAGGAUACACUGACAUAAAGAAGCAUCAAAAACUGGACUGUUUUUUUCCCUUGUGAAGCAGUGUCUGUGCCCCAAAGGACACUGAGAUUGUCUGAAUGCAUAGUCAUUUAGAACAGUCUGUUCACUUGUAAAAUCACAUACAGCGGAUUGUGAUCCUGUUAAGUAGUUGGCCGAAGGGUACAGUGCUCGUACAUUUAACUGGCAAAAAUGGAUCUGCACAGACCAGAAACCCUUAACAGCAAUCCACAUCCUGAUGCAGCAGCCACCAUCAACAUAUCUAUGCUCUGGCCUUCUUUUAAAUUUUGCAUAAUGAAGAGGACUUCUUUGUUGUACAUGUCCUGUGAUUUUUCAAAUAAACCCUUGCUUUCUUUGUA